AUGGAGCCGGGAGCUUGAGGGCGAAGCCGAUGCUUUCUCCCCAGACAUGUUAGCUGCUCCCCUCAGUGCAGGCACAGACUUCUCUGCAGCAUAAAGGCACUAUGUACUCAGAGUGGAGGUCCCUACAUCUAGUAAUUCAAAAUGAUAAGGGUCACACUAGUGUUCUUCACAGCUAUCCUGACAACGUGGGGAGAGAGGUCGCAAAUGCUGUUGUGCGUCCCCUUGGCCAAGCCUUGAAUGCUCCAUUACCAGCUGAGAGUGUGCUGAAAACGGACAAAGAAGUAAAAUGGACCAUGGAGGUGGUUUGUUAUGGCCUUACCUUGCCUUUAGAUGGUGACACAGUGAAGUACUGUGUUGAUGUUUAUACGGACUGGAUUAUGGCUCUGGUCUUACCAAAAGAUUCCAUUCCUCCACCCAUUGUGAAAGAGCCAAAUCUUUAUGUUCAGAUCAUUCUCAAACAUCUGCAAAAUCUCUUUGUACCAAGGCAGGAUCAAGGCUCCAGUCAGGUUAAACUGUGCUUGCAAGUUUUGAAAGCCGUCCAGAAAUUGGCUCAUGAGUCGAUCACCAUGGCUCGAGAAACAUGGGAGGUUUUAUUAUUGUUUCUGCUACAGAUUAAUGAUACUCUGCUGGCAGCUCCAACAGUGCAAGGUGGAAUUGCUGAGAAUCUGGCCGAGAAGUUGAUCGGUGUGCUGUUUGAAGUAUGGUUGCUCGCCUGCACUCGGUGCUUUCCCACACCACCUUACUGGAAAACUGCCAAAGAGAUGGUAGCAAACUGGCGGCAUCAUUCUGCAGUGGUGGAGCAGUGGAGCAAAGUAAUCUGUGCCCUUACGGCUAGAUUGCUACGUUUUACAUAUGGACCUUCAUUUCCACCUUUUAAAAUUCCUGACGAAGAUGCCAGUCUGAUUCCUCCAGAAAUGGAUAAUGAGUGUGUUGCCCAAACUUGGUUUCGCUUUUUACAUAUGCUGAGUAAUCCUGUGGAUUUGAGUAAUCCAGCGAUUAUAAGCUCUACCCCCAAGUUUCAGGAACAGUUUCUGAAUGUGAGUGGAAUGGCUCAGGAAUUGAAUCAGUAUCCCUGCCUUAAACAUCUGCCUCAAAUAUUCUUUCGUGCUAUGCGUGGGAUCAGUUGCUUAGUGGAUGCAUUUCUAGGUAUUUCACGGCCAAGAUCAGAUAGUGCUCCGCCCACACCAGUAAAUAGACUGAGCAUGCCCCAGACUACUGCUGUCAACACAACUCCACCUCACAAUCGAAGGCAUCGAGCUGUAACCGUGAAUAAGACAAUGAAAAAUAGCACAGCUAGCACUGCUCAUUCUUCCAAAGUCCAACAUCAGCCAUCCUCCUCUUCUCCAUUGUCUAGUCCAAACCAGACAGGUUCUGAGCCGCGACCACUCCCUGCUCCCCACAGGCCAAAGGUUAACAGUAUCUUGAACCUCUUUGGAUCGUGGUUAUUUGAUGCAGCAUUUGUUCACUGUAAACUUCACAAUGGAAUAAACAGAGACAGCAGUAUGACUGCAUCUUUUAUCCAAAUUCUUCUUUCUUAUAAAUCUUCUAUAGCAACGCAAGCUAGCAUGGAGUUUCGUCGGAAAGGAUCACAAAUGUCUACAGACACAAUGGCUUCCAAUCCCAUGUUUGAUGCAGGUGAAUUUUCGGACAACUAUGAAGCAGGCAGAGCAGAGGCAUGUGGAACGCUUUGUAGGAUAUUUUGUAGCAAGAAGACUGGGGAGGAUAUACUGCCAGCCUACUUAUCUCGAUUUUACAUGCUUUUAAUUCAGGGUUUGCAGAUUGCGGAUUCUGUUUGCCACCCAGUUCUGGCUAGUAUUAUUUUAAACUCCCCUGCGUUGUUCUGCUGUGACCUGAAAGGGAUUGAUGUCUUAGUUCCUUACUUCAUUUCCGCCCUUGAAACUAUCUUACCUGACAGGGAGCUUUCCAAGUUUAAAUCAUACGUGAAUCCCACAGAGCUAAGAAGAGCCUCUAUCAACAUCUUACUCUCCUUGUUGCCUCUUCCUCAUCAUUUUGGAAUGAUAAAGUCUGAGGUUGUUCUGGAAGGAAAAUUCAGCAAUGACGACAGUUCAUCCUAUGAUAAGCCAGUAACCUUCCUUUCCUUGAAACUGAGGCUUGUGAAUAUACUUAUAGGAGCACUGCAGACAGAAACAGACCCCAAUAACACACAGAUGAUACUAGGUGCAAUGUUAAACAUUGUGCAAGAUUCAGCACUUCUAGAAGCCAUUGACUGCCAGAUGGAGACGAAUGGUGGCGAAAAUAAUAUCUUGAAAAGCCACAGUCGCACAAACAGUGGCAUUAGCACAGCAAGCGGAGGAAGUACAGAGCCCACUACUCCUGACAGUGAGAGACCAGCGCAAGCUCUCCUAAGGGAUUAUGCUCUUCAUACAGAUACAGCAGCCGGACUCCUGAUUCGCAGCAUUCAUUUGGUAACACAAAGGCUCAACACGCAGUGGAGGCAAGAAAUGAGCAUCUCACUGGCUGCAUUAGAGCUUCUUUCUGGUUUGGCCAAGGUGAAGGUUGGUGUUGAUUCUUCUGACAGGAAGAGAGCAAUUAGCUCUGUGUGCUGCUACAUUGUGUAUCAGUGCAGUCGUCCUGCCCCUCUCCACUCCCGAGAUCUGCACUCCAUGAUAGUAGCAGCAUUUCAGUGCCUCUGUGUCUGGCUCACUGAACAUCCAGAUAUUCUUGAUGAAAAGGACUGCUUGAAAGAAGUCUUAGAGAUCGUGGAACUAGGCAUCUCAGGAAGUAAAUCCAGAAAUAGCGAACAAGAGGUCAAAUACAAAGGAGAUAAAGAGCCAAAUCCUGCUUCCAUGAGGGUGAAAGAUGCAGCUGAAGCUACUCUCACAUGUAUCAUGCAAAUACUUGGAGCUUUUCCUUCUCCCAGUGGCCCUGCCUCCCCUUGCAGCUUGGUGAAUGAGAUCACCUUAAUUAAAUACUCCCGUCUGCCUUCCAUAAACAAAUACAGCUUUCGAUACUUCGUCCUGGAUAACAGCGUCAUCCUUGCGAUGUUGGAGCAGCCCCUAGGGAAUGAGCAAAAUGACUUUUUCCCUUCAGUCACAAUUUUGAUCCGUGGGAUGUCUGGGAGGCAUGCGUGGGCCCAGCAGCUUUGUCUUUUGCCAAGAGGAGCCAAAGCAAAUCAAAAGAUCUUUGUCCCAGAACCUCGUCCUGCACCCAAGAAUGAUGUUGGACUCAAAUAUAGUGUGAAACAUCGGCCAUUUCCUGAGGAAGUGGACAAGAUUCCCUUUGUAAAAGCUGACCUGAGCAUUCCAGACUUACAUGAAAUUGUUACUGAGGAACUCGAAGAGCGGCACGAGAAGCUGAGGAAUGGGAUGGAGCAGCAAGUUCUCUACGAGAAGUCUAUAGAGCAGCAGAUGGAAGAAGAGUGGCGGAAGAAGAGUUUCCCUGAUCCCGUCACGGAGUGCAAACCGCCGCCUUCUGCACAGGAGUUCCAAACCGCCCGCCUGUUCCUCUCUCACUUUGGAUUUCUGUCGCUAGAAGCAUUGAAGGAACCUGCUAACAGUAGACUACCUCCUCACCUGAUUGCACUUGAUUCUUCCUUACAUGGCUUUUUUGAUGACAUCGGCUACCUGGAUCUGCUGCCAUGUCGCCCUUUUGAUACAGUUUUCAUUUUCUACAUGAAAGCAGGCCAAAAAACGAGCCAAGAAAUCUUGAAGAACGCGGAGUCUUCCAGGAGUGUUCAGUCGCACUUCCUAGAGUUCUUGCUGUCUCUUGGUUGGUCUGUUGAUGUAGGCAAACACCCUGGAUGGGCAGGGCAUGUUUCAACUAGUUGGUCCAUUAACAGCUUCUGUGAUGACGAGGGAACUGAACAAGAUGAAAUAAUAUCUUCAGAAGACGUUGGGGCAAGUAUCUUCAAUGGACAAAAAAAGGUGCUAUAUUAUGCAGAUGCACUUACAGAAAUAGCUUUUGUUAUCCCCUCACCUCUGGAGUCCUUGACUGAUUCAUUGGAAAGCAAUGUCUCUGACCAGGAAAGUGAUUCCAAUAUGGAUCUCCUACCUGGAGUAAUAAAGCAGCCAGCACUGACCCUUGAGCUCUUUCCCAAUCAUACAGACAAUCUCAAUUCUUCACAAAGGCUCAGUCCUACUUCCAGAUCAAAGAGGUUGCCUCAGGGUCGGGCUGUUCCCCCAAUGGGACCUGAAACCAAGGUGUAUGUGGUAUGGGUUGAACGCUAUGAUGAUAUAGAGAACUUCCCCCUCUCUGACUUGGGUUCAGAGACCAGUACUGGAGUAGAAACAACUACAAACAGCAGCACUUCAUUGAGAUCCUCUACUCCUGAAAAAGAAGUUCCAGUGAUCUUCAUCCACCCUCUAAACACUGGCUUAUUCAGGGUAAAAGUGCAAGGAGCUACUGGGAAAUUCAACAUGGUCAUCCCGCUGGUGGAUGGGAUGAUAGUGAGCAGACGAGCUCUAGGCUUCUUAGUGAGACAGACAGUAAUAAACAUUUGCCGAAGAAAAAGGCUGGAAAGUGACUCAUACAAUCCUCCUCAUGUCCGCCGAAAACAGAAAAUAGCUGACAUUGUCAAUAAAUACAAGAACAAACAGCUGGAGCCGGAGUUUUAUACCUCCCUUUUCCAAGAAGUUGGGCUAAAAAACUGCAAUCCUUAGGCCAAUAUCCUUCUUGAACAAUUAGAUCAGAGCUUGGUGUCUACUGUAAUGAAGAAAACAAAAAACAACCUUCCUCAUCUUGGAACUCCUGUAUAAAGAAACCACAACUUGAGCAUGACCUCUGCUUUUGCUGCAAGGAAGACAUGGGGACCGG